AUGACGGUGAAAGUUCUUUUCCUGGGUCCUGAGGGUACUUACUCGCAUCAGGCAGCUAUCCAGCAGUUUAGUCAUCUGGUUGAUUAUAACGUAGUGUAUGAAGCUGUGGAUUCCAUUCCUUCUUGUGUGGAUAAGUUAAUCGAGCAUGACAAUGACAUAGAAGACGUCGAUCUGUAUUCGGUGGUGCCAUUGGAGAACUCCACAAAUGGACAGGUAGUUUUUACUUAUGACAUUUUAAGAAAUCUUAUGCAAGGUAGUAACGGCACAAAUAUGAGGAUUCGAGAGAAUCAAGUGGUUGCUCCAAUUACAAUUGUGGGAGAGCAAUAUGUUUCAAUUCUACAUUGUUUGAUUAGUCCUGAUCCGAGCAUAGGCAUUGAGUCAUUACAAAAUUACGAUACUUUAAAGAUAUAUAGCCAUCCCCAAGUGUGGGGACAGGUAUCAAAGUAUCUGGUCGAACUACAGAAAAGAUUUCCAAACUUGAAGCUGGAGAGAAUAAAUUGUAACUCAACCUCGGAAGCAGUCCUACAAGCAGCUGAGGAACAAUCGUCAAGCCAAUCUUCUGGUAUUUUAAACCUAGCAAUUGCGAGUGAGAUCGCUGCAUCGAUUUACCAGUGUUAUAUUAUUCAACACAGCAUCAACGAUAUACUGGGUAAUACCACAAGAUUUUUGGUAUUCAAAAAGAAAUCUAAUCAUAGAAGAUUACUGGCACCUCCUUCUGCCACACCACAACGAGUGUCUUUACUGACUUUCACCAUAAAGCAAGAUGAUCCUGGUUCUUUGGUAGAGGUUUUGUCUGUUCUAAAGGACUUUUCUUUAAAUAUGUGCUCCAUAAGUUCAAGACCUUACUUGUUGAGAUCUGAACAGAUAUCGCAACAGGGAGAAAACUUUAGAAGGCGGAAUUGGCAAUACAUAUUCUUUAUCGAAUUCUACAUAGAGCAGGAUAAAGAAUUUGAUAAAGACAAAUUCUGCGAUCGUAUUGAUGCCUUGUGCGGAGAUUGGUGCCAUUGGGGAAGAUUUCCUAGAGAUAUAUGCUAUUAUAAGAACACUGCGUGA